AUGAAGGCCGUGGUAGCAGGGCCUAUAACCGUUCUAUUACUCCUCCGCUCCUACCGGCGACAAUCUCUCACCAUCCCCGGUAUAAUAGUAGCUGGCAUUACCGCCACCGUGCACGCACUCCCAGAGUCCCCACUCCCAUUCACCCUCCUCGGCACCUUCUUCAUCCUUGGUACCAGCGCCACCAAAGUAAAGCACGAACAGAAAGCCCGACUCACCCUCUCCUCCUCCGGCGCCUCCGGGGGUGAGGGCCCCCGCACGCACAUCCAGGUCCUCGCCAAUUCGCUCUGCGCCAGCAUUCUCUGCCUGCUCGAGUAUCUGUACCGCCCCAACUCCGGCGGCCAGUGCUUUCCACUCCAUGCCCAACCUUCCGCCAACUACCUCUCCUGGUGCCUGCUUGGCGCCACGGCCAACUACGCCGCCACCGCUGCGGACACGCUCUCCAGCGAACUCGGUAUUCUGUCCUCCAGCACCCCCUUCUUGAUCACCGCGCCGUGGCGAAGCGUGCCCCGCGGCACGAAUGGCGGCGUCACGGUGGCGGGCGUGCUAUACGGGUCACUUGGCGCCGCGGUGAUCGGCGUGACGAGCCUGAUGUUACUGCCGUUCUGCGAAGGGGAGUGGACCGUCCAGCAGAAGAUCGCGCUGGCCGUAGGGGUGAGUGUGUGGGGCACUCUAGGCAGUCUUCUGGACAGCUUGCUGGGCGCCGUGCUACAGGCGAGUGUCGUAGAUCGGAGAACAGGCAAGGUGGUCGAAGGCGCGGGCGGCGUCAAGGUGCUGACGCACCGAAGAGCCUCAUCAGCGUCGGGAUCCGGGACUGAUGCGCGACCUGCAGCUGCAACGAAGCAAAGGAAGGGUGCAAGUCAGAGCGCCGCGGACAGCGCGACGAGUCACGAGAGUCGGUUCAUUGGCUCCGGGAGCGAUAUUCUCGACAAUAAUGGCAUCAACCUCCUCAUGGCGACCAUCAUGACUGUAGGGGGAAUCGUGGUCGGCGAGCAAUUGAGAAAGUUCACGUAG